AUGGCUCUGACAUCAUGGAAAGCGUUCAACUUCUUCGACGUCUCGUCGGUCAGGUUAUCGGAGGAGAGCGCCUCCGUCUUUGGCUCUGAUCUCUCGUCCCUUUGCACCGGCUCCGCAAACCUCUUCCUCGGAUCCACCGAUGGUGUCGUCCACAUCGUCUCCUCCUCAUUCAAGAUCGCCCAGUCGUUUAAAGCACACGAUGCCGGCUCGAUAACGCACAUGAAGCAAAUAGAUGAAACGUCGCUACUGGUUACUAUUGCAGAGGAUCUCCUGAAUGAGCCAGUAUUGAAGGUCUGGGCUCUCGAUAAGCCCGAGAAGAAGACCGGGGCGCCGCAGUGCUUGUCGACGGUCUCGGUGCAAAAUGCGCGGAGGCAGUUUCCGAUAUCUGCCUUCACGGCGCUUAGCGAUUUAUCCCAGGUUGCGGUGGGGUUUGCUAACGGAUCCGUAACGAUUAUUCGCGGCGACUUGAUUCACGAUCGCGGUGCACGACAACGUAUUGUGUUCGAAUCGGAGGAACCGAUUACUGGACUCGCGACACAGGACGGACUAACGACGGCGCUUUACAUCUCCACGACGAAUCGGAUAUUGACGCUGGUAAUUUCUGGAAGAGGACAGGGCCAGCCGGCUCGGGUUCUGGAAGAUAUUGGUUGCGGUUUAGGAUGUAUGGCAAUGGAUAAGGAUUCUGGCGAUAUAUUGAUUGCCAGGGAAGAUGCCGUAUACACGUAUGGUCCGCGUGGGAGGGGACCAAGCUAUGCAUUCGAAAGUCCGAAGAACUCGAUCAACAUCUUCAAAGAUUACAUCGCACUUGUCUGUCCCCCAAGGGCUGGAUCCACAAAGCCAGACUCGCUGGGCAUGAGCCAGACAGACGAACUUUUUAGCACGACUACUUUUACCCUGCUUGAUACGGACCUGAAAUUUAUCUCGCAUUCAGAGUCACUCUCAUCCUCUGUGAAGCGCAUUUUCAUCGGAUGGGGCAGUCUAUUCCUCUUGACUACGGAUGGGAAGCUUUACCGUUACCGGGAAAAGAGUCUCCAACAGAAACUCGAGAUCCUCUAUCAACGCAAUCUCUAUAUCUUGGCUAUCAACUUGGCCCAGAAGACGGACGUCGACCCUCUGCAGCAAAACGCCAUCUACCGCAGAUACGGUGACUUCUUGUACCAGAAGGGAGAUUACGACACAGCAAUGCAGCAAUAUCUUCGAGCGAUCGACAACACGGAGCCAUCACAAGUCAUACGAAAAUAUCUUGACACACAACGUAUCCACAAUCUCAUCGAAUAUCUAGAGGAAUUGCAUGACCACGAGAAGGCCACAGUGGACCACACCACGUUACUCCUCAACUGCUACGCGAAGUUAAAAGACACAGAAAAGUUGGACUCGUUCAUCAAGGCUCCUGGAGAGUUGAAGUUUGACUUGGAAACUGCUAUUGCCAUGUGCCGCCAGGGCGGCUACUACGAGCAAGCGGCUUAUUUGGCUACUAAGUACGGUGAAAAUGAUAUGGUUGUCGAUAUAUUGAUUGAAGAUUCGAAGAAAUAUGCCGAGGCCGUCGAGUAUAUUUGGCGACUUGAGCCUCAAAUGGCUUACCACAACCUAAUGAAGUACGCGCGUGUUCUGUUGGCCAACUGCCCCCAAAAAACCACCGAACUUUUCAUAGUCUAUUACACCGGAAAGUACCAGCCAAGAACGGAGGUCGAGGCACCUGCCGAACCCCAAGUACAACCUACCAGCACAUUACAGAGUCUGGCAGGCUUCCUUCCGCUAGGUCUUAUAAACGUCGGCCCAAGUACAACGGAGCAAGUGUCCGAGGCCCCAUCCAUGGCUGAAAAUCAAACUACCGAAUCAACUGCGGACUAUUUCAUUCCGAAGCCAAGGGCAGCAUUCUCCGCGUUUGUGGAUCAUCCCCGGGAAUUCAUCAUCUUCCUGGAGGCUCUUACGAGUCAACCAAACCUGAAGGAAGAAGAUAAGGUGGACCUUUUCACGACCCUGUUCGAGAUGUAUCUGGACACAGCCAAACGGCAGAAAGAUACUACUGAAAAGGCGGAGUGGGAAAACAAGGCGAAGAAGCUUAUAGAGGGCAAGGAUAUCCCAAUCUCGACAUCAAAUGUCCUAUUGCUAUCUGACCUGACCGGUUUCCGAGAGGGUUCGACUCUAGUCCGCGAACAAGAAGGCCUUCGGUCUGACAUCUUCCGUUCGUUUACCACUGCCAAGGAUACCCAGGGUGUAAUCAAAGCUCUGAAGAAAUAUGGUCCAGAGGAACCACGGCUAUACGUGGACGCUUUGACGUACUUUGCCUCGAGCCCCAAGAUACUAGAAGAGGCCGGCGGUGAACUCGAUGUUGUGCUCAAGAAGAUCGACGAUGACGGCCUCAUGUCACCAUUACAGGUCAUCCAGACGCUGAGCAACAAUGCAGUGGUCACUAUGGGCCGUCUCAAGAAAUACCUGAGUGACAACAUUGAGCGAGAACACAAAGAGAUAUCCUCGAACCGCCGCCUGAUAUCAAGCUACAGCACUGAAACCGAAACCAAAAAACAAGAAAUUGAACAACUAGGCACCAAACCCGUCGUCUUUCAAGCACGCCGGUGCAUGUCCUGUGGCGGCGGCCUCGACCUCCCAACAAUCCACUUCCUCUGCAAACACUCCUUCCACCAGCGCUGUUUGAACAAGGUGGAUGAAGAUGCUGAGUGUCCUGUCUGCGCACCGCAAAACUCUACCAUCAAGGCUAUUCGCAAGCGGCAGGUGGAAUCUGCUGAUCAACAUGAUCUGUUCAAGGGCGAGCUUCAGCGGUCGAAGGACCGGUUUGGGGUUGUCAGCGAGUUCUUUGGGAGGGGUGUGAUGCGACCGCAGAGUACGAUGGAGUGA